GACCCACUGAAACGGACGAAUAAGUGGAAUAAACAAAUGGAGGGAAGCAAGAACGUUGAUAUCGAUGCUGAUUUAUAAUUAAUAACCUCUAUGCCAGUCUUCGAAUGGAAGUGGUGUUGAAGUAAUUUUGACAACUGUCAUCACGUAUUCCAUUUGACUUAAUCUUUUUCAAAGGAUAGUAUAUAUUCCUGGAUUCUUUUAUAAUGAAGUCCAUGAUUCAUUUAUAAUAAACGCCAAUUAUAAUUGACAAACAACUGAGAGAAGCAUAAUUUCCUUUUUAGCUUACUAAUCGAUAAUGCCAAUAAAAAUUCCGCUAUUAUCAUGUUUUUGAAAUUUGUCAAACAAUCAGAAAGCAACACCAGUAAUUUAAGAUUUAAAUAACCAUGAACAAUUGUCUAUAACAAUCACAAUGGGAGGAAGCAUAUUUGAAUUACUUCCAUUAUAUCAUCAAAAUGGAAGUGGAAGAGAAAUUUGUCAUUGGAUAACACAUAUCAAGUUAUCUAGAAUUAUAAUGUUAACUUCUGCUGUUUUAUUUAUUGUACCAUUAUUUACUCAUUAUUAUUUGUCAAAGGUGGAGUCUGAUUCUCCAGACAGAGAUAUUUAUCGUACAUUUUCUACUUUGGAAGCUUUUGAAGAUUUUACUCCAAUGAAAGCUUCUCAGUUGAAAAUGAGAAUUGAGGAGAUGCUACAUAUUAAAGUUUCUGUAAAUAACGAACUUAGAGACUUAAGUGCAAAAAGGCAAAGGCUUCAAGUUGAAGUUAGCAGUUUAACUCAAAAAAUUGAUGAGCUAAAGCAGGAACUGUUGCAUCAGCAGACUGAUCUUGAUAGAUUAAAAAUCAGUGUUGAACAAGCUCAAGUAGCUCAAAGAGAAGCAGUAGAAAGAAAUACACCAGAAUUGGCACCUCCUAAGCGGAUAUUAAUGGAUUCCGUUCCUGUAGUAUUACAAAGUAUUAUGCCACAUUCGUGCAGAAUGUACAAUUGUUUUGAUCAUAGUCGUUGUGCAUUAACAAGUGGUUUCCCAAUAUAUUUAUAUGAUCCGGAUCAGUUUUCGAUAGUUAAUCCUGGUUGGGGUGUUGACGGAUUUCUAAAAACUACUAUUAAACAGACGCUAGGAUACAAUCCACAUCUUACUGCAAAUGCAGCUGAAGCUUGUAUAUACAUUGUACUCAUAGGAGAAGUCCUUCCAAUUGAACAAAAAAUUGAUAAGAAUUACCAAAAGCCUAUCGAUAUAAGAAAAUUGCAUGCACUUCCUUAUUGGGGUGGAGAUGGCAGAAAUCACAUUUUAUUAAACUUAGCACGUAGAGAUCUAUCUGUAGAAUCUGGAAAUGUCUUUAACAACCUAGAUACAGGAAGAGCUAUAAUAGUGCAAUCAACAUUUUAUAGAAAUCAGUUUCGUGAAGGUUUUGAUCUGGUCAUUCCUCCAAUUUUGGGACCUCCGGGUGGAGAUGUAUGGCAAGAUUGUUCUCAUAUGUUACCUGCAAGAAGAAAAUAUUUGUUAUCUUUUCAAGGAGAAAUGAGAUCUCCAAGAGUUACAACUAUGACACAUCAAAAUGAUGAUGCUGAUGUAGAUUUAGAAAGAUUAGCAGUCGAUGAGAACAAUUUGGAUAUGUUCAUCAUCCAACAUCUGAAAGAUAUGAGUACCGGAAUGACCUUGGAUAAAUUUUUUAUUCAGUUUGAAUGUAUACCGGCAUCAGAGGAGAAGAAUGUAAUAGAAAUUCUUGACUGGUCCCUGUGUGGAACCGAGUCUUCGAGGAAGAAUAUAUUAAAGGAAUCAACGUUUGCUUUAAUUUUAGCACCCAGCAAUGCUUCGUUCGUAACUACUUCUUCUAUGCAAGCUAGAUUGUAUGAAGCUCUACGGUCGGGAUCGAUUCCAGUUUUUUUAGGUGGCGAUCAAAUAAUAUUGAGUUACAAUGAAGUUAUUAGUUGGCGUAGGGCAGCAAUUUUUUUGCCAAAGGCCAGGGUAACUGAAAUGCAUUUUCUGUUGCGUGCAGUACCUGAUACUGAUCUGUUAAGUAUGCGUAGACAGGGCAGACUAAUAUGGGAACGCUACCUAAGUACUGCACAGGGUGCAGUAGAUACUAUUGUAGCAGUAAUUAGGGAUCGACUCGGUAUACCCCCGUUGCCAGCACCUCAAACUGCCAGUCCAAGUGUCUUUAAUGAAAGCUUUGUGCCUUUAAAGUCUGAUGCUAUUAUUACCGAGCCAGAAGCUGAGGAAAGUUUGGGUCCUCUUGAACCACCAUAUCCAUCCCCAGCUUUUAAGAGAAAUUAUACCACAAUGUUACUUCAAAGCAAUGAAAUCUGGAACGAUUGGGUGGAUCCAUUCUAUUUAUAUCCUCAAUUGCCUUUCGAUACCGUCCUUCCCAGUGACGCGAAAUUCCUUGGAUCUGAAGUAGGAUUCAGACCAAUUAGUAAAGGGGCAGGAGGCGCUGGCAAAGAAUUUAGCGAAGCUUUAGGUGGAAAUUAUCCGAGAGAACAAUAUACAAUUGUAAUGUUAACUUAUGAACGUGAACAGGUUCUUAUAAACUCUUUGGCUCGGCUUUAUGGGCUACCAUAUUUAAAUAAAGUUGUAGUAGUGUGGAAUAGUCCUAAAUCACCUAUGGAAGACUUAAAGUGGCCAGAUAUUGGAGUUCCAAUUCAUGUCAUAAAGGCACCAAGGAAUAGUUUAAAUAAUAGGUUUCUUCCAUUCGAUGCUAUCGAAACAGAAGCUGUCUUGUCAAUUGACGAUGAUGCUCAUUUAAGACACGAUGAAAUUAUGUUUGGAUUUAGAGUGUGGAGAGAACAUCGAGAUCGCGUAGUUGGAUUUCCUGGCCGUUUUCAUGCAUGGGACCAGAAUUAUCACAAUGCCUGGAACUAUAAUUCUAAUUAUUCAUGUGAGCUAUCAAUGGUUCUAACUGGUGCUGCAUUCAUUCAUAAGCAUUACACAUAUCUCUACACUCAUUGGUUACCGCAAGCCAUUCGAGAUAAAGUUGACGAAUAUAUGAAUUGCGAGGAUAUCGCUAUGAAUUUCCUCAUCUCCCACAUCACAAGAAAACCACCUGUUAAGGUCACAUCACGCUGGACCUUUAGAUGUCCUGGCUGCCCAGUUUCUCUUUCAGAAGAUGACACACAUUUCCGGGAAAGACACAAGUGCAUUAACUUCUUCUCUCAAGUUUUUGGAUAUAUGCCACUUUUAAAUACACAAUAUCGAGCUGAUUCGAUAUUAUUUAAGACAAGAAUACCGCACGAUAAACAAAAAUGUUUUAAAUUUAUAUAAAGAACUACGAUAAACAGUAAUGAAAAAGAAUUAACACGCUUACACGUAUCCAGUAAUCGUUACUUGAUAGGAUUUACAUGGUUUUGAUAACAUUUUGACUGAAUUGAUACACAUUUUCUAUAAAGUAUGUCAACGCGUGUAAUAAAUAUUUUAGAAUUUUUUAUCGUCCUCUUUUUUUUUAUUGUAUUCUUUUUUUAUCUAAAUACAUAUUGUUUGAUCAAAAUGCACAUUUUAAAAUUAAUUAAAAAAUUUAAGUAUUCGAAUAGCGAAGAAGUAACUACAUCGUAAGUACAUCGUAAUAAAUUUAUUUACGUGACGAUUACUACCGAUCGAGAUCAUUUUUGGGAGACACGGGGCAGGACGAAAAGUAUAAAAUAUUGAGGACGUAUACGAUACCCAAGUGUGCAAAUGGCAAGUCUGGUAAAACUAAGCCAAGAUUCAUUGAUUUUAAUUUAUUUGAAAUAUGAUCAAUUCAAUCGGAAUUUUCCAAUGAUUAUUAUUACAUACGACGAAUUUAAUAUUCACAAUUGUAAGUAACAAUUGUUAAAAAUGUACUGCCUGUCAAAAUAAUGUAAAUACACGUAAAUUACGUAAUGUAAUACAACUUCAAUUUGAGGAAAGGGGACUUUUAUAUUGAAAUGUUGAUUCACAAUAUUUGUAACAACAACUGCUUGGUCUCGAAUUUUGCAUUAUAAGUUGUUUAUGUUUACAGCGCUUGAACAGCAACCGUGACUUUGUUAUCGUGCAUCGCACCAUUGUAAUUGUGCCAAAUUUUUAACGUAUAUUUACUUUGGUAUAAGAUAACUUAUCUUCAGUUAUUCUCUAUAUCGGAUUUUAAUUUUUAAUCCAUAAUACUCUCGAAGACUAUUUGUACAUACAUGUACAUAUCGCACACCGUUUUAUCUUGUAUCAUUUAAUGCGAGUGUUCGCAUUUAUUAUAAAAUACAAUAAUAUAGGUAAAUAUAGCUCGUACGACUACUGGUAUAUACAAAAAACCACUUUGUAAAUUUGGUUUUAUAUUAAAUUCUGUACAACACGUUGUAAGUUUAACCUGAAACGAGUUCAGACCUACGUGCAGAAAGAUAAAUAUAUAUUAUUUAUGAUUGUG